AUGUUCCGCACUGCUCUCGUCAGGUCCGCAAGGCAAGCCGUCCGUGCCGCCCCCCGGUGGCAGGCGCCAAUUGCUCGUCCCGUUGCGCGAAGCUCCCUGUUCCUGGCAAAGCAGACCGCUCCUUCCGCGCGCUUCCAGGCUGUCCGAUGCUACGCCUCGUCAACCGGCCUAUCGAAGGAUGAGGUCGAGGGCAGGAUAAUGGAUCUGUUGAAGAACUUUGACAAGGUCACCGAUACCUCGAAGUUGAAUGGCGAGUCGCACUUCCACAACGACCUCGGGUUGGACAGUCUCGACACCGUAGAGGUGGUUAUGGCGAUUGAGGAGGAAUUCAGCAUUGAGAUCCCGGACAAGGAGGCGGAUGCUAUCCACAGCGUCAAGCAAGCAGUCGACUACAUCCUGGCCCAGCCCGAUGGUAAGAAGGCCCAACCAGGUUCGAACCAGAUACUGGAUUGCAGUGGCUAA